CCCACGUUAAAAUCUGACAAAUAGGAAUAAAUAGCUGCUCAGUUAAAAUCUGAAUAAAUAGGAAUAAAUACUUGCCCAUGUUAAAAUCUGACAUAAAUAAGAAUAAAUAGCGGAUUAAAAGUCUGAACAGAGAAUAACGUCGCUGCCCCUUUAAGGAACCAGCGUCACAGACGCGACGCCUGGGUGACGCUGCGGUGCACAAACCAGAGGGAGAGAGCAGAGGAGGAAUCGGAGGAAAAGAGCAGUUGAUUGAUUAACGGAAAAAAAAAGUUAAUAUUAUAGUUAAGAAGACAUAAUUUACCUGGUCGGAAACUGACUGGGAUUUUAUGAGAACUGAGUUACAUCGGUUUUGGUCAGGUUUUUUGUUCGGUUGGAAGCUCGGUCGGAGCGAAGAUUGGUCUGCCGUGUGCGACGUCCACAUUCACAGACGGGAUUCAAGAUGGCGAGCCAGACCUAGACCUUCAAUUCAUCUUUUCCAUCAUAUCAGGGAAGGACUCUCCUGCGUAUGAUAAUUCGCUGCCGGAGCGCUCCUUUCAACAAUGAGCGGUCAGACCAGAGGUGGAGAGGCUGGCCCGCCGUCCCGGUCCAAUCAGAGGGCGUUUUUGGAUGACAUCAUUUUAACCUUCAGUUCGCCCAUGGCCUGGCUGCUGGUUGUGGCCCUGGUCCUCACAUGGUCGGGUGUGGCCAUCGUACUGUUUGAUCUGCUUGAUUAUAAGACCCUAGCAGACUACACAUCAUACUGUGACGACCCCGUGUGUUUAUCACCUGACAAUGUCAGAGACAGAAGACCAGGGCUCCCUCCUCCUUCUGCCAUCGCAAAGAGAGGCUUGAAGGCUCGAGCUGCUCUUCGUUCACUAAAGCCAAGCCCGGCUGGAGUUCACAGUGACAUCACGCCCCAGGAGAGCGACGACUGGCUGGAGAUGAUUUGGUCCUUCGCAGCAAGUUUGGUGGCUCCUGAUGAGGAAGAGGAAGGUAUUCAUCAGCUUACUGAAACCUUCACAUCUCUCGGUUCAGAAGAACUCUGAGGGAGAGGAGGUGGGAAAGCACUGGGCAACGAUAAGCAUCCAAAAAGGGAGAUGUGAGGAACUGGAAGGAGGUGGAGGAGAAUCAUACACAUCAUAGCAUCAGAAAUUGUAUUCUCUGACUAUCCUUAGCUGUCAUCUGAUCAUUAAAAAAAUAUUACUUUAAAA